AUGCAAUUAAACACACCUGAUUCGUCUUGUCGUGGUCCAACUGAAACAAGUCAUUGGGUUAUCCCAAAAAUGCUUUUAUCAAGUGGAUAUCCAGGUGCGAAAGAUAUAGAUGAACAUCGACGAGUAACGCGUGCUAUUUAUGAUAGUGGUAUUGAAGUAUUUGUUAAUCUUAUGCAAGAAAAAGAACUUGCUCGUUUUACUCCAUAUGAACGAGAAAUUCAACAAUAUGCUAUUCAAGAUGGUCGAAAUAUUGAAUUUCUCUCAUUUCCAAUUCCUGAUCAAUAUGUUUGUCGAGAUGAUCAAAAAGUAUUUGAAUUUAGUCUAAAUUUACUUGAAAGACUUAAAAACAAUCAUCAAAAAAUUCUUAUUCAUUGUUGGGGUGGACAUGGAAGAACUGGUACAAUUAUCUCUAUUCUUAUCGGAAUGUUAUUUCUAUACGAAGCGGAUGAUGCUUUGAAUUAUAAUUAUCAAUUAAAGCGACAACGUUUGAGAGCCAAAGGAAGAACGAGUCAUCUUCAUCCUCGUCAAAGUGAACAAGUACGAAAAGUAUUACAAAUCUACAAAGAUCAACAAACAUCUGCAAUUGAUUCACCAAUCGAACAAAAGGAUUUUGUCUAA